AGCAGGAGCAAAACUCAACAGAUUUACACACAGCAGGUGAUCUGUGCUCCCACCCAGUACACUGCUCAUAUUUCCUUUUUUCCCCUCAAUUGAUCAUUGCAAAUAAACACUUUACAUUCAGCCUUCAGGUGCACCAAACAUCUUUCAUGGUGCCGAACGGGGGGCGAGAUGGAACUUGCAUUCCACCACUCUCCUUUGUACACACCCGGUGAAUAGCCUUUAGAUCGGGCUUUGUGGGAAUGAUUGUCAGUGGCUUAAUGAGCGUCUUUGCCAAGCUAGAGGCUUUGGCAACAUAUGUGACUACAGUGGCUCCGCUCCUGUCCGUCUCCAGCCUGUAUGACACGACACACAACGGGGCUCAGUACUCUCCAUUUUUUUUGCAGAAAAAUCUGAUUUUACCCAACUAAUGGUUUCCAUUCUCUUCUGGAUUUUAUCACCUGGAAAGGAGCGGUGUCUCCUCCCAUGGGGACCAGAGCUGAGAGCGAAGUAAAAUCCUGUACAGCAUCUUCAGCGCGCCAGAGAAAUGAACUGAAGACGUGAAGAGGAGAGCGUUGACGUCCGAGAUUUACAGCGGAAAACCAUGAGGUCGCAGAGGAGGCCGGGAGCAGUCGCCGUGCUGGGCUUGAUCGCCUGUAUUUGUGCCUUUCAUACGAACACCGCCAUUGACAUCCCACUUGAGGUUUUAGGUCAUGUAAACAUUGAGCAGCUGCCCACCAUCACAGCUCAGUCACCCAGCUCUCUCAUCGCCUUCCCGUUUGAUGAGAGCUUCCCCGUGACGUGCGAAGCCAAAGGGAAUCCCGAGCCGGAAUUCAGAUGGACGAAGAAUGGCCAGGAAUUUGACCCCUUUCUAGACCCCCGGCUGAUGAAAGAGGAGAAUUCUGGGACCUUUGUGAUACCCAAUAAUGGGAACCUUACAGAGUACCAGGGAACCUAUCGCUGUUACGCCUCAAACAAACUGGGGACCGCUAUAUCGAAGGAGAUUGAGUUCAUUGUGCCCCAUGUUCCAAAGUUUCCUAAAGAGACGCUGGAUCCUGUCGUGGUGGAGGAGGGCCAGCCUUUCACUUUAAAGUGUGACCCACCUAAAGGCAUACCACCUCUGCAGAUCUACUGGAUGACUAUCAAUCUCCAGCACAUAGAGCAAGAUGAGAGGGUCUCUAUGGGUUUGAACGGAGACCUUUACUUCUCCCACGCGGUGGAGAAGGACAGCAGGAGAGACUACUGCUGCUUUGCCGCCUUCCCGAGCAUACGCACCAUUGUUCAGAAGAAUGCCAUGUCUGUCAUCGUCAAGACGAAAAAAAGUGACAUGAGUCCUGAAACUGCUAAUGCAAUCCUGGAGAGAAAGCCCUCUCUUCUGACGCCCUCUGGUGACAAAUCAGAGACACAGCUGGUCAAAGGAGAGGACUUGAAACUCGAGUGUAUUGCUGAGGGAGUUCCAACUCCACAGGUGGAGUGGGCGAAGGUGGGCGAUCGGCUUCCUGUUAAAGCAAAGCGGGAGAAUCAUGGGAAACUGCUGAUUGUACCAUCAGUGGAGCAGGAAGACAGUGGGAAGUACAUGUGCAAGGCAAAGAACGUGUUAGGAGAAGCCGUCCAUUACUUCAUAGUGACUGUGGAAGAGCCUCCAGAGUGGGUGUCUGAGCCUGAGAGUCAGCUCAGCAUGAUCGGUUCAGACGUGUUCAUCAAGUGCUCCGCCAGUGGGACUCCUCAGCCGACUAUAAUGUGGAGGGUGAACGGUGUGCCUCUGCAGGAGGUCCCGGCAGCCAACAGGAAGACGACUGGUGACACCAUAGUUUUGCAUAACGCCAAAGUGUCAGACAGUGCAGUGUAUCAGUGUGAGGCCUCCAACAGCCAUGGAAAACUUCUGUCCAAUGCGAACAUCAUGAUUAUGAAUCUGCCCCCCAUGAUUUUGACCGAAGAGGGUGAGGAUUACUCUGCCGUAGAGGGGAAGCGAGUGAUGAUGCACUGCAAGGUCUUCAGCUCUCCUCCUUCCACUGUCACAUGGAGCAAAGACGACUCCUCUGAAUCCGUUGAGGGGCCGAGGUUUAGCGUUCAUGACAACGGAUCGCUGGAGAUCUACAGCGUAGAGAAAGACGACACGGGACAGUACACGUGUUUGGCUAAAAACACGGAGGGGUCGUCCGCCAUCAACACCAUGCUGUAUGUGAAAGAUCCCACUAGAAUAGCGGUGGCCCCGGAGGACCAGCAGAUCUUAAUAGGUACCACGGCCCAGCUCUCAUGCCUGGCAGAGUACGACAAGUCCUUCAGCAAUGACUUUGAGCUCCUGUGGGAAAAAGAUGAUGUGGAGAUAGCCCUCAACUACACUGAGAAUUCAAGAUACUUACUGGAGGAUGGUAUUCUUCAGAUUAUCAAUGUAAGCCACGGGGACCAGGGUGUGUACACAUGUGUGGCAAGAACUCCUGUGGACCGAGACAUGGCCUCAGCGCUGCUCAUGGUGUUAGACGUCCCCGAUGCACCUGAGAACUUGAUGCUAUCUGAGCACAAGAGCAAAAGUGUGAAACUGAAAUGGAUCCCUGGGGAUGAUCACAACAGCUCGACCACAGAGUUCGUCAUGGAGUACGAGGAAAGCCAGUGGGAGCCGGGAAACUGGAAGGAGCUGCUCCGGGUACCUGGGAACCACAACUCGGCCAUCCUCAAACUCCACGGUCACGUCGACUAUCGCUUCCGCGUGUCUGGAGUCAACACUGUGGGGAGGGGUCCUCCCAGCGAGCCCACAGAGAGAUACAAAACCCCCCCAGCAGCCCCUGACAAGAACCCAGAAAAUAUCAAAAUCGAAGGUCAUUUGCCACAUGAAAUGGAUAUCAACUGGGAGCCCUUGUUACCCAUUGAGCACAAUGGCCCUGGUCUGGAGUAUAAGGUGAGUUACAGAAGACAGGAUGUGGAGGAGGACUGGAAGGAGCACAUGGUGAAGAGACACUCAUUUGUGGUGAAGAACACACCCACCUUUGUUCCCUAUGAGAUCAAGAUCCAAGCCAAGAACCAUCAGGGCUGGGGCCCCGAGCCCAAGAUAGUGACCGGCUACUCAGGAGAGGACUUUCCCUCUGCUGCGCCUGAUGAUGUAGCUGUGGAUGUGAUGAACAACUCAGUGGUCAAGGUUAGCUGGACGCGUGUACACAAGGACAAGCUACAUGGACAUCUGGGAGGCUACAGGAUAAACUGGUGGCGUCUGCGCCGUCUGGUGGAUUCGAAGAAAAGCCACGGAGACAAACACACACUCACGUUCCCAGGGGACCGGAACCACGCAACGAUACCACGACUAACGCCCUUCUCCGAGUACAGCCUCAUUGUCAUGACCUUCAAUGGGCGGGGAAAUGGCCCCGGCAGCCAUCCCGUCAACUUCAAAACCCCAGAGGGAGUCCCUGAGAAAAAUCCUGUUUUCAGGGUCACAGAUGUACAGAAGCACACUGUCUCUCUGGUCUGGGCCCCGCCGCUGGAGCCUAAUGGGAUUCUCACCGGGUACCUCCUCGAGUAUCAGCUCAUCAACGAGACUGAGGAGGUGGGGGUGCUGCAGACAGUGGACAUCAGCAACCCCGACAUCACCCAGUGGAUCCUGCGCGACUUGGAGCCCAUGAGCAAAUACAAGUUCUACCUGCGCUCCUGCACCACCGUGGGCUGCGGGCCUGUCGUCAGCGACGAGUGCACCACCACCCUAGAAACAAGUCUGGCCAGUAUCCACGGAGGAAUAUCCACCCAGGGCUGGUUUAUCGGCCUGAUGUGUGCCAUCGCUCUCCUCACACUCAUUGUGUUGAUCGCCUGCUUUGUCAACAGAAAUAAAGGAGGAAAGUAUUCUGUAAAAGAGAAAGAAGACCUUCACCCAGACGUGGAGUCCCAGGGCAUGAAUGACGACACAUUUUGCGAGUACAGCGACAACGACGAGAAGCCACUGAAGGGCAGCCAACACUCGCUGAGCAGAGAGAUCAAAGCGGGGGACAGCGGGGACAGUCUGGUGGACUACGGCGACGAGGACGCUCAGUUCAACGAGGACGGCUCUUUUAUCGGCGAGUAUGCAGGGCGAAAGGAGAAGAGGGUGUCUGCCGAGAUCAAAGCCACCGUUCAGACCCCGGCGUGAGGAGCGGAACCGCCAUCCAUCCUCCCCUGGACACCGUUUUCAUUAAACCUGCUGUGAGGAACAAAUGAAAGAGGAAACAGACAUUAUCCAUACCGAGCACAAGUUUUGUGUCAAAUGUAAUGCGUCAUUGCCAACUGCACACUGCCAUUCUCAUUUUAUGAAGCUCUGUUUUGUCAAGUUGCAACAGAAAGACCAUUACUAAAUACUGUGUAUAUAUAGUGUAUAUUCUAUGUGUGGAGUGUCUUUUUUUUAUAAUUAUUAUUACGCAAAACAUGUAGAGGGCUUGGAUUUUCUUUUUCUCUCUCUUUCCAUUACUUCAGCUGCAGUACUGUUUGUACAAAUGUUAGGAAAAUUUCACUCCCCAUUGCUCAUGGUUUACAUGCUGCUUUGCCUCUGAUGUCAUCUUGUAGCAGACCACACAGACACAAGUGGGGAUAUCAAGCUGAUAUUUUUCAAUUGGAGCAAAUAUUACUGACCUUUUAUAUCUGAAAUUGAUUCAUUAAAUAUGAUGUAAGAUGUGUAUAAAGGUUGCUUAUUAACUUAUUUUUCUCAGUGGUUUUAUACCUGACAAAAUAACAAGGAAAUUUACAUAUCAUUUCAUAUCAUAAACAUUGAUUAUUGAAUCGCCCUGUGAUGCUAGAAGAAAGUAUAAUUUAGUUGUUAUGCCUUGUUUAUGAACAUUUAGAUCCAUUGGACAGUAUAAAUUACAAAACUCAGACUGUACGUACUGCUGUGCCAGAUGUAAUCCAUUACAGAUUACACUAUUCUCCUGAUUAUGAAGUUGUAAGAACUUGUAGUGUAAAUGAGUAAACCACAUUUUUAUCAAAAUCAAAAUAGCUGGUGUUUUUCAAACAAAUGACACAGGUGAAGUUUCUCUCAGUUUUACCCCAAAAAAGGUUUUACUUUUACAAGGAGCCACAUAAGGUAUAUUGGAAGAGUUCAACAUUUUGGGAAAUACACAUAUUUGAGAGAGUUAGAUGAGAAGAUUGAUACCCGGUCCUGUAGCUCUUUUAGCUAUACAAUAAAUAUGAAACCACACCCAGGAGCUGGUUGUCUUAGCUUGGCAUAAAUACUGGGAAAUAGCUAGUUUGGCUCUGUCCUAAGGUAACAAAAUACUCCUACCUGCAACCCUAAAGCUCACUGAUUUACAUGUUAUGAGUCAUCUGUUUAAUCUGUAAAAAAAAAAAAAAAAAAAAAAAAGAAUGUACAUGUAUUAACAACAUGUUAAUCAGUGUGCUUUAAAGGUGGUUGGCUUUUGCUAAUCCAAGACAGAACCAGAUGAGCUGUAUCCAGAUAAACUAAGCUAACCGGCUACGGCAGCAUCACCUUUAAAGGGGAUACUCCGAAGAUUUAGUAUUGCAAAAGACUUGUGCAGAGACACUUUAAAAAAAAAAAAAAGAAAAAGAUUGUAGCAGCAGAAGCCAGUAUAUCCUGACUUUUAGUCCCCAGCAUGAUUCAGACUCCAGGAAAACUGGAUCCUAUAUUUCCCAUAAUGAGGCUCAAUAGCAUCUUUCACCAGAAACUUUCUAACUCCACUUCCCUGGAUUGUAAAGCAAACUUCCUGCUUAUAAAUUUGCAGUCUCCAAAACACUAUGACCUCAUCAGGGUUACUUCUCAGAGUUGACUCCAGAGCCUCAGAGAAUGUUGUAUUUGUAGGCUGAUUCAUACUCUGCAUGAUCAUUACACCGAUUUCAAUAUGUGAAGUUGGUGGAGUGUCCCUUUAAGAAGAAAAUACAUUCUGUAUGCAUACCUGUAAUGCGUUAUAGAUUUUCUUUGUAAUCAGAUUACUUUGAUCUGGUUGCAUAUUUGACAUUCACCAAUAUUCUGCUGAUACAAUAUCCUGUAGACAUCAGUUUUAACAAUCCUUACUCUGUUACUUCCAAUAUACUGCCAUUCAAACCACAAACAGUAUGCUGUUCAGGAUUAACAUUAGAAGAACCGUGAUCAGAACAAUCACAAUGUUUUGCAAAACGUCAGCCAUUGCAUGGUAAGAAUGUUAAUUGGUGUUUUUUGAUGUCAUUAAAUUGCUUUACUUUCCUA